GCAACAAGCUACAACGUCAGCAGUGAAAGCCUCUUCUUCUUCGUCUACAUCUGCGUCUGGUCGAGCAUCAGUUCUUGGUCCGCCGAAAGAACUGCGGCCGUUCAUGUUGCAGUUCCUAGCUAGGUCAAAACAGCCAUCGGCACUUGGCGUCAUUCAAUACUCUGAAAACGGACCUCUUCCUCCUGGGAAUUCAAUCGAAGACCUUCUUGGUGUGUCCCUCUCUUGGGACGAUUUUCCUCUGGUCCGUGUCACGAGUGUCGACACCGAUAGUAGAUUAAGGGUAGGUUAAAGGUGCUUUUCUUACAGCUUUUUAUGCCUCUCUCCCUUAGGAUGAGAAAGGCAUAACAAGCGGGGUAAGCGAGCACCAAAAGCCUACCUCUAAGUAGAGCUAAGAAAGAGCGUGUAGUAGCGGGUGACUACAUGAUCACGAUCGGCGCCAAGGACGAUCGCAUCACGUUGGUCAGCCAAUGGGCAGGUGCAAGUGCGGAGGAUGCAGUAGUGCAGAAGCUGAGAAGCCGUGAGAAGCGUGGAGAAAAGCCAUGCUUUACCGUGUCGUUUGCAAGGAAGAAGUACGCGGAUAAGUACUUUCUGCAGAUGGACAUCGAACGGGGGCCUUCUUCCGGAAAUGAAGUUAAUAGAGCUAGAAGAAAUCUCCCAUUUUGAGCGGCAUCUUCCGUCUUUUUUCCCUUGAGAAACGGGACCAAGAUGCCUGUGAGGAUGGGUUUCUUCUAGCCUUAAUGAAGAUUUAGG